AUGGUGGCGAAUCCCUUGAAAAAAUUUCAGGUUGGUGACAGCGGAGCACUAGCCCACGCAGGGGCCUGUCUGCCAGGAGCCACGGAGUUGCUCUGGUCACAUGCCACCACCGUGGCCCGGGGUUCUUGCUUGGAGCACGAGACCGCUCCCAGCGACGGGAGCCUGGGUUGGCGGCCUGGGUGGGGAUGGAAGGCGGGGCGGGACGGUGGACAGAGCCUGGCAGGUCCUGAAACUGUGACUCACAAAACUGCCCAUGACCGCACAGUGCCACUGCCUGGCGACGCAGAUGCGAGGAGGCGUUAUUCAUCGCAGGGGCCGUGGGCUGGUGAACGGAUCCGUGCGGCACAGCGGUGCGCCCCCUGCCGGUGUAGGAGGCCGGCCGUGCUGACGCUUCGAGGCUGGGCCUGGCGCCCGGUGAGAGGCCGGACAUUGCGUGAGCCGCAGAUCCUCGGAGAAGAAAGCAGAGCUCGGUUGGGGCCAUCAAGGAACUCAGGGUCACCUUCUGCUUCCUUUGUGUCAUCUUCGUGGUGUCCACCGUCUUCCACUGCCAUCAGCGCCUGGCUCUGGUGCCCACCCCCUGGGCCUCCUCGGCGCGCGUCCUGCUGGUCCCCAGUCCCCGGACACCUUCCGAGAGAGGGCGUGUUCACCGUCACCGCCAUCGGCCGCCUGGGGAACCAGAUGGGCCAGUACGCCACGCUGUACGCCCUGGCCAAGAUGAACGGCCGGCCCGCCUACAUCCCCGCGCGCAUGCACAGCACGCUGGCCCCACUCUUCCGCAUCAGCCUCCCCGUCCUGCACGGCGACAGGGGCCUCGCAGUUCCGUGGCAGAACUACCACCUGGACGACUGGAUGCAGGAGCGCUACCGCCACAUCCGCGGCCGCUACGUGCGCCUCACCGGCUACCCCUGCUCCUGGACCUUCUACCACCACCUGCGGCCCGAGAUCCUGCGCGAGUUCAGCCUGCACGAGCACGUGCGCCGCCAGGCCCAGGCCUUCCUGCAGGGGCUGCGCGUGGGGGGCGCCCGGCCUCGCACCUUCGUGGGGGUGCACGUGCGGCGCGGCGACUACGUCCGCGUCAUGCCCCGCGUGUGGAAGGGCGUGGUGGCCGACCGCGGGUACCUGGAGCAGGCCCUGGACUGGUUCCGGGCUCGCUACCCCGCCCCUGUCUUCGUGGUCACCAGCAACGGCAUGGCCUGGUGCCGGGAGAACAUCAACGCCUCCCGCGGGGACGUGGUGUUCGCGGGCGACGGCGUGGAGGGCUCGCCUGGCAGGGACUUCGCGCUGCUCACGCAGUGCAACCACACGGUCAUGACCAUCGGGACCUUCGGGAUCUGGGCUGCCUACCUCGCGGGUGGGGACACCGUCUACCUGGCUAACUACACCCUGCCCGACUCUCCCUUCCUCAGAGUCUUCAAGCCCGAGGCGGCCUUCCUGCCGGAGUGGGUGGGCAUCCCCGCAGCCUUUGGGUAGAGCAGCCUCUAGCCCUGGGCCAGGCUGUCGUUUGUCCUGGGCCACCACGGGCCAGCAUGUGUGGGGCACAGCAUGUGGACUCAGGAUCCCUCGGGGAGUUUGAAUUUGGGGAAGCCCCAGAAGUUCCAUGGUGCACACAGCUCUCUGGUGGACCAAGUCGAGUGGACACGGCGUCCUGUUUUAACAGCCUGCCUUUCUGAUGGGGGUGCUUGGCCACAGCAUUCAGCAUGUUAAAGGGGACUCCAGAACAGCUUCAGAAAGUGGCAAGAACAAUGGGAUAAGCGUUUGAAGUGAGGGGGAGGAUUCUGAGGAGGAUUAAUAGUACUUUUUUUGGU